AUGAGUUGUGGAGGUAUCAUUGGCAAUAAUUUAAUUACCGGUAGCACUACUUUGGGUAAUAAAUGCCCCAAAGACCUUGUGACUAUUUCUAAUUAUCUUGAUACUAUUACUCCACAAGGUCUAGCUAAAGCCCCUUUCCCAAAAAGUCCGGUUUUAACUAUUACUUCAAUUUCAACUUCACUAGUUGAAAUACCACCUACUACUACUCAACAAGUAACUUCUGCUACUGCUAUCAAUAAUUCUCCUAAUUCCAUCACCCCUACUCCAACUCCUCUUUCCGAUGAUAACUCUCAUCUUACCGAAAAAAUUGCUAUUCCUAUUGGUGCUACCAUCGGAGCUAUUACAGUUGGUGGAAUAACUUACUAUUUAAUCCAGAAAAGAAAAAAUAAACCUCUCCUUGUCUCUGGUAACACGGAACAAGAAGUAACAAAUAACCAAAAUGAAAAAGAUUUUAGUGAAGUAAUCGCUUCAACUUCUCAAAAUAAAGAAUUACCUAUUUUACCAGUGCAAGGUUUAAAUUCUCAAACAAAAAACGAUGAACUAACCCAAUUAAUUCAGCAAACUAAAGAAAAAAUAGGUGUUAAUUUAAUACUUGCUUUAGAAACUUUACUUGAUACCCAAAUUGAAAUUACUCAGGGUAAUAAUAAUUUUGCUAUUCGUCAACUCCAAAGAGAAGCUAAAGAAAAAUUACAAAGCAAACUUAGUUUAGAGGAAAUCAACAAUCUUUGUCAAUUAUAA